CCUUAUAUAAACCAAACAAACGCCACGCCUCUCUCUCUCUCCCUCACAAAAGUAAACCUUCGAUCCCAGCUUUCGAUCCAUCGCCCUCUCCGAUUCAUAGCUUUUUUUUGUUCUCAGGGAGUUAACAAAAAAAAAAGUUUGCAACUUUUCGAAAAGUUCGAAGCUUUCUUUUAUGUCUGACAAGAUUUCACCCUAUUGCUAUUAUCUAUCUGGUUGCUUGGACAAGACUAUCAUCCUUCACCCAGAGCUAAGAGCCACCACCACACGCAUCUUCAAACCCGACACUCCUCCUUCUCUCCUCUCCGACCACUUCCACUAACGAUGGCGCUCCAGAACAUCGGUGCUUCCAACCGUAACGAUGCCUUUUACAGGUACAAGAUGCCCAAGAUGGUCACCAAGACCGAAGGCAAGGGCAACGGCAUCAAGACCAACAUUGUCAACAACGUGGAGAUCGCAAAGGCUUUAGCGAGGCCUGCUUCUUACACGACCAAGUACUUUGGGUGCGAGCUUGGAGCUCAGUCCAAGUUUGAUGAGAAGACUGGGACUUCGCUUGUGAAUGGAGCUCAUAGUACCUCUAAGCUUGCGUCUCUUCUCGAGGCGUUUAUCAAGAGGUAUGUUCAGUGCUAUGGGUGUGGGAACCCUGAGACUGAGAUUGUUAUUACCAAGAGUCAGUGUGUGAACUUGAAGUGUGCUGCUUGUGGGUUUAUCUCUGAGUGUGACAUGAGGGAUAAGCUGACUACUUUUAUUCUGAAGAACCCUCCCGAGGCGAAGAAGGGUGGGAAGGAUAAGAAGGCUAUGAGGAGAGCUGAGAAGGAGAGGCUUAAGGAAGGUGAGGCUGCUGAUGAGGCGGCGAAGAAGAUUAAGAAGAAGGCUCCUAUCGGGAAGGAGGGUCCUUCUUCCAAGGCGUCUAAGAAUCAUUCUUCUGAUGAGGAGAUUAGUCCCAAGCAUGAUGAGGUUGGUAAUGAUGAUGAUGGAGAGGAUGAUGAUGAAGACGAUGGGAUCCAGUGGCAGACUGAUACUUCUCGUGAAGCUGCUGAGAAGAGAAUGAAGGAGCAAUUGAGUGCUGCGACUGCUGAGAUGGUGAUGAUCUCUCUGCAAGAGGAGGAGAAGAAGAAGAAGUCUCCCAAGAGCAAAGAGAAUGGGGAUUCGGAUUUGAAGAAGAGUCUCGUGCAAGAGAUGAAAGAGUAUCUGAAGAAGGGUUUACCGAUAAGCCAGCUCAAAGCUUUCGUCUCCUCUCGCUCUGAGCCUCCUCAAGAAGUCAUGGACGCGCUCGUCGACGCUCUCUUUGACGGCGCGGCAAAAGAGUUUCUCAAGGAAGCGGCGAAGAAGAAGAAGUACUUGGUGGCUGCAACGCAGGAGGAAGGAUCGCAGAUGCGUCUGCUCAACUCUAUCGGAUCCUUCUGCGGGAAGGAUGGAAACGGAGAGGCGGUCAAGGAGGUGGCUCAAGUUCUGAAGGUCUUGUACGACGAGGACAUACUCGAGGAAGAGUUUGUGUUGGAAUGGUACCAGAAGGGUCUGGCAGGGGAGGACAAGAGCUCGCCUGUGUGGAAGAAUGUGAAGCCUUUUGUGGAGUGGCUACAGAGCGCUGAGUCUGAGUCCGAAGGUGAGGAGGAGGCUUGAGAGUUUCUUUUUACUGUGUUACUGUGUGUGGUUUUUUUUCUUUAAUGUUAUUUCGGUUUUCAUAUGUUUCUUUGGCGAAUCUAUAAGCAUUUUGUUUUAAAAAUGCUCUUCUGUCUUUUAUUAUUAUUUAUAUAUUAGAACAUGCAAACUUUGCAACUGGGUUGCUUUAAAUAAUUGCUUCUCGUUUUGUUUGGAUCUAA